AUGCUCUCCGCAUUCACGGCUCGACCCAUCAUCGAGCUUAAACAGCGGGACAAGUCGAAGAUCGAGUCCAUUCUUGCUUUCGGCGACCGUGUUCUCGUCGGCCUCAACACUGGUUCGUUGCGAGUCUACCGAGUCAACGAAACCCCAACUCUUCCCGACAGCAAGCCCGUGAACGGUACUUCAACCCACCCCGACGCCGACCCCUCGCGCCCAGCAGCGCCAGCCUUGCCCGAUGGACUGGUAGCGCCCAAGCCGCAGGGGACCAAGCCAACGGAUCUACUUCGGGAGAUUGAGAAGUUCUCAACACGCGCCAUCGAGCAACUCGCCAUCAUCAAGGAAGCGAACACGCUUGUUUCGCUCUCCAACUAUGCCGUUUCUCUGCACGAUCUCCACACUUUUGAGCCAAUCCAGGCGCCUCUUCCAAAUACCAAGAAUGCCUCCACAUUUGCGGUGACAAGCAAUAUUGUCAAGGAUCCCGCGACGGGGAUCCCCGAGAUCAUUUCCCGGCUGGCAGUCUCGGUGAAGCGUCGCCUCUUGUUGUGGUCGUGGCACGAGAGCGAGCUGUCACAAGAUGUUACCGAGAUUGCGCUCGCUGAGGCGAUCCGAUCCAUCACCUGGGCCAACGCAACAAAGGUGGUCUGCGGCAUGAACAGCGGCUACGUCAUUGUCGACGUCGACACGGCCACUUUCGAGGAAAUUGUCGGUCCAGGGGCUAUUGGGGGCGCGGCUGGCGGACAGGGGCGCUUUGGCGCCGUCAGCGCCGCUGGGAUGGGAUAUAUGGGCCUGGGAGGCUACAUGCCGAAACCCUUGUCUGCUAAACUUGCCGAUGGGGAGCUUUUGCUUGCCAAGGACAUCAACACGCUGUUCAUAAACGAGUCGGGAAAGGCCCUGGAGAAACGUCAAAUCCCGUGGCAAGCUGCACCGGAUGCAAUUGGAUAUAGCUACCCGUACAUUCUGGCCCUGCAACCGCCGGCCAAAGGGAGCUUGGAGGUCCGAAACCCGGAUACUCUCAAUCUAUUACAGACUAUUAGCCUUCCCGGAGCCGCCUCCCUUCACUUCCCUCCACCCACCGUCAGUUUGGCCCACGCGGGAAAGGGCUUCCAUGUAUCCAGUGAUCGAGUGGUAUGGAAGAUGGACGCCACAGACUAUGACUCCCAAGUCGACGAGCUUGUCAAGAGCGGAAAGCUCGAUGAAGCGAUCAGCAUCCUGGGCAUGCUUGAGGAUGCCUUGGUGAAUGACAAGAUAGGGACGAUGCGUGAAAUCAAGAUGCAAAAGGCCGAGCUAUUAUUCAGCCAGAAGAAGUAUCGUGAGGCAAUGGACCUUUUUAGUGAGGAACAAGUCCAUGCCCCGCCUGAGAGGGUGUUGAGGUUGUUCCCAAAAAUCAUUGCUGGGGAACUCUCUGGGGUUGAGGAGGAACGGCACGAUGAAUCUGACCAGGAGAGCUCUAAUGAGAAUGCAAGCAGCGAGGAUGAAACGAAGCCCCAGGGUAAGCCUGAAGCGGCUGCGACCACCGUUGAAGCAGGAUCGCUUGCCAGGGCCGGAGGGUUUGCCAAAUACCUCAUGGGCACUCGAAAAGCCAAUCCUGAGACUGCAUCCAUUGUCUCAUCCAAGAAGGGCUCGGAUGACGAGGCCGCGAGCACCAAGGGCAAGUCAGGGGAUGAGCAAUCACAAAAGGAUAAGGACUUGAUGGCUGCAGUCUUGGAGCUAAACAGCUAUCUCGCCGGAGCCAGAGCAAGGCUUCAACGAGUCAUCGACCCAGCAACGGGCAAACUGAAGCCAAGGAAAUCACACAGCGGUUCGACUGAGGAGGCUUUCAAGAGCCUGCUUCUUUCUCCAAUUGACGAGAACGACGAAACGCUCGAGAAGGAGCUUCAAAACACGUUCAAGCUCGUCGACACAACUCUUUUCCGAGCCUUUAUGUACUCUCGCCCGACACUAGCCAGCUCUCUGUUCCGCAUCCCCAACUUCUGCGACCCUGAUGUGGUCAACGAGCGGCUCGUGGAGCAGAACCGAUUCAACGAGCUGGUCGACUUCUUCUACGGCAAAAAGCUGCAUCGCCAGGCCCUCAGCCUUCUACGCAAGUUUGGCUCUCCAGACGAACCCGACGAGGCGGCUCCCACACUACACGGUCCCCGGAGGACGGUCAUGUACCUACAGGGCCUUCCACCUGAAAUGAUCGACGUCAUCCUCGAGUUCUCCGAAUGGACUUUGAAGAAAGAUCCAGAGCUCGGCAUGGAGGUCUUCCUUGCGGAUUCGGAGAAUGCAGAGACUUUGCCGAGAGAGAGGGUCAUGGAGUUUCUUGGUGGGAUCGACAUCGGGCUUGAAAUACAGUAUCUGGAACACAUCAUCAACGAGCUGAACGAUUUGACUCCUCACUUCCACGAUCGGCUAGUGGAACUGUUUAUCAAGCAACUGCUGGAGAUUGAGGAGGGAGAAAAAUGGGAUCUUUUGAUGGAGCGCUUGGUGCGCUUCCUGAAAGACAGCAAGCAGUAUAGGGCAGGCAAGGCGCGGAAUCUGAUACCAAAGGAUGACCCGCGAUUCUACGAAGCGCAAGCCGUUGUGUUCAGCAACAUGGGUCAACACCGACAGGCGCUGGUGAUUUAUGUGUUCAAGAUGAAAGACUAUGCCAAGGCCGAAGAAUACUGCAACCACAUCCACAAAACCCAAGACUUCCUUCCACCAGGUCAAGGCGCCACUCCCACCACGGCAGAAACCGCCGAAGCAGAAGCCACCCCUUCCAUCUACCACACCCUCCUGUCACUGUACCUGUCCCCUCCACCGGGAGAGUCUCCGAACCUCGAACCGGCGCUGGACCUCCUCUCCAAACACGGCUCCCGCCUGCCGGCCACGUCGACCCUCUCCCUGGUGCCGGACUCGCUCCCUGUGGCGCAGCUCGAGUCGUACUUUCGCGGGCGGAUGCGCAGCGCCAACACGGCCGUCAACGAGACGGCCGUGGUGGCCGGGCUGCGGAAGACGGCGCUGUUUGCGAGCCAGGCGCUCCUCUUCCUUGGCGACGGCUUGCCAGCCCGCGGGGGCGGCGGCGGCCGGAACAGGAGGGUUGUCAUCGGCGAGGAGGCCGUUUGCGGAGUCUGCCACAAGCGCCUGGGCGGUAGCGUCGUCGCGGUCCUUCCCGAUAAUGCGGUGGUGCAUUACGGGUGUUUGAACAGAGCUGGUGCUGGUGUUGGUGGUGGGAGUGGAGGUGUGAGUGGUGGGUUGGCUGGGUCAAGGCCUAUGUCUGCUGCUUCGAACUCUGUUUCUAGCAUGCCGAUGGGUGCCGGUCUGGCGUCGCAGGUUGGUUGGGUUGGUAAUUCUGUGUCGGGUAGGUAG